UCAGAUAAGAAGCUCCUUUUAUCCAUCAGUGAGCAACAUGAGGAAGGGAGAGUGAGGAAAACCCAGGAUCGAGCUGCGAAAACGGCAGACAAAGGAAGGAGGAACGACAGGCAGAGAAUGAGACACACCGAGGGAUAAACAGAGACAUACUGCCAGGGAAAGUCCGAGACAGAAACCAUAGGAAGGCAGCACUGCUGGAUAUCAUUACAGUAAGCUGGACGUACCUUGUCAAUGUAUGUCUGUCUCUCUUUGUUCCUUUCUAUCUGUCUAAAGUCUGUCUGUCUGUAAUUGCAAUUCUGUCUCUCUAUCUCUGUCUAUCCCUGCCAGUCCAUGUAAUGUACAUCUGCCUGUCUCUGCCUGCCUGUCUAAAGUCUGUCACUCUAUCUGUUUGUCUAUAAUGUAUGUCUGUCACGGCAUGUCUUUCUAUGUCUGUCUGUCUCUAUGUGUCUGUCUGUUAGACCGACCUUCUCUGUUUGUCUGUCUCUGUCUAACUAUCACAGUCUGUCAGUCUCUGUCUGCUUGCCCAUGUUUAUGUCUGCAUGGUGUUAGUUCUUCUGUCACUUAGGUACUUACUUUAUUCACAAACCUUUCACUCAACAUGACCCCAAACAUCAACCUUCCAUUCACAAUCACUCCAAAUAUCAGCCUUCCAUUCAAUAUCACCCCACAUAUCAACCUUCCAUUCACAAUCACCCCAAACAUCAACCUUCCAUUCACAAUCACCCCAAAUAUCAACCUUGAAUUCACAAUCACCCCAAACAUCAACCUUCCAUUCACAAUCACCCCAAAUAUCAGCCUUCCAUUCACAAUCACCCCAAAUAUCAGCCUUCCAUUCACAAUCACCCCAAAUAUCAGCCUUCCAUUCACAAUCACCCCAAACAUCAACCUUCCAUUAACAAUCACCCCAAACACCCCCCCCGUCCAUUUAAUAUCACCCCAAAUAUCAAUUUUUCAUUUAUUAUAACCCUGGAUAUGAACUUUCCAUUCACAAUCACGCCAAACAUCCACCUUGAAUUCACAAUCACCCCAAAUAUCAACUUUCCAUUCAAUAUCGCCCCAAAUAUCAACUUUUCAUUUAUUAUCACCCCGAAUAUCAACUUUUCCUUCAAUAUCACUGUGACAGACUGCCUGGCACCCCAACCGGGUGCAUCCGCCAAUCGCUGCGUCCUAGUGCUCACGAGUAGUCCAAGCACUCCACCAGACACCAUCAGCACUGCAAUCCCUGUUUCCAGCAUGACAGCUUGGCUGGGAUCUCGCUGUCCUCCACCCACCCUGGACCCAUGACCAGGAUCCAGCUUCCAGUGGGUAGAGCUCUCCUCCAAAAGAGUGUAGCAAUAUGCUCUUAAAAGAGCAAGUGAUUAUAACCCAGGGGAGUAUUGUGAUAUAGCAAUCCCCAGGGUAGAUACAGCCGUUCUCCCCCACACAUGAGACGAGGCUCUAUGUUGAGGGUAGGCAGGAACUCGUUUAAUGGCAGCCACAACUGGCCUUAUAUGCAAGUCCCCAUUCAAGGGGUACUCCCACCUGGACUUGAUGGAAGACUACAGUACAAAGUUACAGACCAAUGACAGUUGUUCAAGUACAUGACACUCCCAUACGUAAUCAUAUAAUCCCUUCGUUUGGGUUGCUGCACAUUUGCAUAUUAUCUGUUAAUUAGCGCUGACUUCCUGUUGUAUUGUGUGAAUUGUUCCCCUCUGCCUGGGAGAUAAUUGAAUCAAGUACUGUAUUAACUCAGUUAUCUCCAGACACAAAAACACACAAUUUUAUAAAACCCCCAAAAUACCUUAAAACACACAAUAGCCCUAAUCUGGGUGACCAACAUAUCCAAAAAUCAAACCGAUCAGUUCAGGAAUUUCCUGGAAGUCUUAUUUUUGACCGAACGCAGGAAUGGUCCCAUGCCCAAAACAAUUCCAGAGAAUCUUGGCUUGCCGUCGGUCUUGUUCGGUAGUUUGGAAAAUGAACAAACUACCAAACAUAGUCAAUGCUCUUACCAUGGAGCUUGUUCCACCAAAUGCAGAUGAAAGAUUUCACCGAACAGUGCCCUUCUAAAUUGUAUAGAACCGAAUGCAGGCGAUGAUGGAAGUCCAGCGGUAUUCGGGAGUUUAUGGGUCCGAUUUUAGUUCCAUGAGAUUCAUCCCUAAACACCGCUUCCUGCGUUCAUGUGAACAAGAUGGCCACCACCUCGUGGUUGUCCAUAGGAAUUUGCGGCCACCCUUGACGAACAAUUAGAACACUGCGGUGAGAACCGUUCCAAUGUGUUAAUAGGUGUUAACAAGCUCCCGGGUGGUCCCUGGUUCGUGCAUCUGUUCGGUUCUCGAACAGGAUAGCAAAAAGGCACAAACAAGCUCUUUUAUGAGCCUUUUUGCAUGGCCCAUAGUCCUGAGGCAGGAGGCUGGCAAACAGGCCCCUCCAAGAACCAGUGGGGAGGUUACCAGAAUCACCUCAAAUAUUAACUUUCCAUUCAGUAUCAACUAGAGAAUGUCAGCCUUCCAUUCAAGAUCACCCCAUAUAUUCCACUGCACAUGAUCUCAAACAUCAACCUUUCAUUUAACAUCACCCCCUAAUAUCAACCUCCCACUCAACAUGAACCAAAAUAUCAACCUUUCAUUCAGACUUACCUAAAAAAUGUCAGCCUACUACUUAAAAUCAUCCCUAAAUAUCAACCUUUCAUGUCAGUUUCCCCGUAAUAGCAACACAUUAUUAGACAAAGUCUGUAAUAAGUACUGUGAUGGAUUCCCUAUCCCUGGAUUACCAUCCUGUUAAUUUUUGUUUAUUUGAUACACUAAAUAGUUCGGUAUAUGACCGUAUACCAAACAAACUACCAAACAGCCCGACCACCCAAUGGAGGCGUGUGCUGCUCAUUGACCCUUGUCAUCUUUGUUCGCACCUCAGUAAUUGCAAUUAUCUCAACAUUCUGAGUGGUUGGCUGGGUGGCCGCCAUUUGUAUGGCCAAACACGUGGUGGUGGCCAUUUUUAGCCACGAACGCAUACAGCGGUGUUUGGUCGUCGAGUGCAUGGAACUCAAAUUGGUCGGGGUGCAAGGCGGUCCGUCACAUUGGUGGCAGCAGUAGGAUGACUUCCUAGUGAGUAUAGAAGCAUCCUGGAGACACCCGUUGGAUUGUACAAAUUGAGGGCAACUCUAGUAUCCGUACAGCGCCCCUGUUUACAUCGUAUGGAUUUAUAAUUGAGAGCAGCGCUAUAGUAUUCGUACAGCGCCCCUGUCUACAGCAGUAUGGAUUUAUAAUUGAGGGCAAUGCUAGUAUCCGUACAGCGCCCCUGUCUACAGCCGUAUGGAUUUUGUAAUUUUUUUUAGGGCAACGCCAGUAUCUGUACAGCACCCUUGUCUACAGCAGUAUGUAAUCGGCUAGUUUUCGGACAGCGUUCCAUGACGAGGAGGAGGAGGACGCAGACUACAGGGAUGCAGAUGGGAAGGAAGUUUGGUAUGAGGCCCUGGAGGAUGUACAGCGUCAGCGGGGCGAGAGACUCCCCAGUGACGAGCAGCGGGUACAGAAACGUGUGGUGAUGCGAAUGUGUCUCUUGGGAGAGCAGCCCCUGGAGGAGUGGGUGACAGAGCUCAAAAGCCUGGUAUGUAAAGAGCUUUGGCUCUUUACAUACCAGGCUUCUGGGCAGAGAGCACCUUGCAUUCACUGCCCAUGUUAUAAUAUAGAAAUGGUUUGUAGGGUACAUAUGCCUCCCUGUAUGGGUAGUGUGAUCUAGGGGCGAUAUAUCUCUAGGGGAGUCUAGGAGACCGGUUACCCCACUUAAACGGUACUAUAACGCUGUUGCAAUGAUUCGGGGGGGAGAGAGGGGGGGAAUCACAUGGUCAUUAUGACCAAAAAUGAGCAACCUGUCAGUUAGGCAGUGUCGAGGAAAAAAGUAGAUAAUAGAUAAAGUAUGCAUGUUUUAUUAAAACCCUUUUUGUGUAGUUGGAGUAACCCUUUACGUCAUUACUUUUUGUGUAAAUCAAUUCAUUUAACAAUUUAACUGAGUUUAAUGUGAGUGGCCAUUCGAGAUCUAUAUAGGGGUAAUACGGAUAGUAUAAAUAAUAUCCGAGCACUACCAGCUGUUUCAUUGGAAAUAACUUGAAAUAUCUUAUUGGGGUCCAGGGGAUAGUGGGAAUUAUAGUGAUAAUUAUAGUGAUAAUGAGGAUAAUACGAAUAAUAAUAAUGGUGAUAGUAGUGAUUAUGGGGAUAAUGAUAGUCAUAGUGGUAAUAAUGGUGGUCACAAUGAUGAUGAAGGGCAUGAUAGUGAUAAUGGUGGCAGUGAGGAUAAUGAUAAUGGGGAUAAUGAUAGUGAUAAUGAUGAUGAUGAAGGGCAUGAUAGUAAUAAUGGUGGCAGUGGUGAUAGUGAUGGUAAUGAUGGUGAUAGGGGGCAUGAUAGUGAUGGUAAUGAUGGUGAUAUGGGGGCAUGAUAGUGAUAAUGGUGGCAGUGGUGAUAGUGAUGGUAAUGAUGGUGAUACAGAGCAUGAUAGUGAUAAUGGUGGCAGUGGUGAUAGUGAUGGUAAUGAUGGUGAUACAGAGCAUGAUAGUGAUAAUGGUGGCAGUGGUGAUUGUGAUGGUAAUAAUGGUGAUACAGGGCAUGAUGGUAAUAAUGGUGGCAGUGGUGAUCGUGAUGGUAAUGAUGGUGAUACAGGGCAUGAUAGUAAUAAUGGUGGCAGUGGUGAUAGUGAUGGUAAUGAUGGUGAUAGGGGGCAUGACAGUAAUGAUAGUGAUAAUGGUAAGAAUGAUAAAUCUGUCAUUUUCAUUGUGCACCACGUCGAUGGUGGGUGAUCUGCUAAUGUGAAACGCUGCAGAUUAUUCACGCUCUGAAAAGUCAUGAAAUAGUUAAUUAAUAUGGAGACUGGAAUGAGUCAUAAAGUGUGGGAGAGAUUAAUUAGUGCCAUUCUAAGAAAGAUAAUGGUGACAGCAAUGUGAGAGAGCCGUGCUUUGCGGGGGGUCAAUCACUAAAUGCUGAAUUAGCUAAGAUCCAGUUAAAAUUAUCAAAAUGGAAACAAAAAUGUACAAUUCUGCACUUCAGUAAAACAAAUCGGACUGUUUGACUGGGAUUACGAUAAUCGUUCAGUUUUGUUAUAAACCACGUUUCUUUGCAAAGCAGAAGGGAAAAUGAAUUGACACCAAACUGGGCAGAAUAUUAAAUGAUGAAGUCGUAGUCCUGACUGCUCUGACACAGGCCAAGGGUAACUGUAUGGGUGGCACAUUAAUUGGGGACUGAGAUAACAGAGGGCAAGACCCACCUUCCCCACGGCCUGGGCUGAUACAGAGGAUUCUGUGUGGCCAUUUACUUUUCAAUAAUAUCCUGCCACAAUGAUGUGGAAUUAUGGGUAACGUGAGCUAAGUCUACCUGGGUUAGUACAGUGACCAAUGCAGAUCUAGUCAUUGCGAUUUGGACUUCACACCAUAAGCAGUUACCUUCUGGUUUCACAGUGGUCCCGGGGACCACACUCACUUCCUUCUUUAUCAGUAAUAUCCCUUUAGUCAGCCAGGUUUUUAAACCAUCACAUGGGGCUCCGGGUGACUGAACAAAUUGACAGGUCCCAAUAUUUCAAUGAGAUGGAAUGGUUUAACACUGAAUGGAAACACAGCGCCAGGGGACUCCAGGCACUAUAAUCACUUCAUUGAGAUGGAAUGGUUUAACACUGAAUGGAAACACAGCGCCAGGGGACUCCAGGCACUAUAACCACUUCAAUGAGAUGGAAUGGUUUAACACUGAAUUGAGGGACAGCGUCAGGGGACUCCAGACACUAUAACCACUUCAAUGAGAUGGAAUGGUUUAACACUGAAUGGAGGGACAGCGCCAGGGGACUCCAGGCACUAUAAUCACUUCAUUGAGAUGGAAUGGUUUAACACUAAAUGGAGGAGCAGCGCCAGGGGACUCCAGAAACUUUAACCACUUCAAUGAGAUGGAAUGGUUUAACAUUGAAUGGAAGGAGAGCGCCAGGGGACUCCAGGCACUAUAACCACUUCAAUGAGAUGGAAUCGUUUAACGCUGAAUGGAGGGACAGCGCCAGGGGACUCCAGGCACUAUAACCACUUCAGUUAUAUGAAUGGUUAUAACAAAUAUCGUUUCUCUGUAAGGUAGUGAAAGCCAGAAUACGGGCAGCUAGUUCGCAGGAUCUGUCCAUGGUGCUGAUAAAACACUCACCCUGUCCACCAGAGGGCAGCAAACACAUUCAGGGAAGAACAGAAUACACAGGAAUGAGGUCUCUUUAAAAUUAACCCCUUAAGGACAACGGGCGUUCUAUGCCAUCCUUAAGGGCCUGUCCCCCUUAAGGACAACGGGCGUUCUAUGCCAUCCUUAAGGGCCUGUCCUGGGGACUUACCUUGUCGCCACUAAUCCGGCGAUUGCCAGGCAGUCCCCCUGCGGCUGAUCCGGCCCUCGUGGGUCCUCACGAUCACACGGCCGGAAUAGCUGACUGCAGCAGUGACUGCAGGGGGACCGCCUGGGCUGUCAGGCAGCCCUCCUAACGCCUGUAAAGUUAAAAAAAGUUUUAAAUAAAAUAAGCCUACUUAGAUCAUACAUAUAUAUAUAUAUAUAUAUAUGUGUGUGUGUGUGUGUGUGUGUGUGUGUGUGUAAAAAACUGAAAAAAUACUUAUCUUGUAAUAUCUUUUUUAUUGGACUAACAGAAUUUUUUAAUGACAAGCCUUCGGGAGAACCUCCCUUUUGCACGUCAAACUUGAGAAAGGGUGGUUUUCCCAAAAGCUUGUCAUUAAAACAUUCUGUUAGUCCAAUAAAAAAGGUAUUACAAGAUACAAAUUCGUUUUACAUCUACAUUACUGGACUAAUACGGCUACAAUCUCUGCUUGAACACUAUAUAUAUAUAUAUAUAUAUAUAUAUAUAUAUAAAAAAUAUGUACACACACAUACACGAUCAUUAGAAGUGUAUUUUAAUAUUAAUAUAUGCAUAUAAUUAGAUAUUAUGAUAUGCCUAUAUUGAAAUUAAUUAUAUGUGUCUAUAUCUAAAUAUAUAAAAAUAUUUAAGAAUAAUUAUAUUUAUAUAUCCUCGAGGGUCCAGCACUCGUUUUCCUAGGCUUGUAAAUGCCUGGGUGCAAAAUUUAGGCAAAAUAUAGUAUAGAUGAAAAGUGCACUCACGGGUCUUUGUAACAGUGUAAUCUCUUUAUUGUGUCCAAAAAGAGAAGCGAACCGAGGUGUAUCUAAAAAGAUUAUACUGUUACAAAGACCCGUAAGUGCACUUGUCGUCCAUAUAUAUAUUUCAGUUCUACAUGUAUAUUUAUGUAAUCUUUUGACAUAAUUCAGUAAUUGUAUGAAUUACAAUUUGAGGGACCUAAUUUGUAAGCACUAUAUUUAACCCUGUAACUUUACAAAACCCCAUAAAACCUGUACAUGGGGGGUACUGUUAUACUCAGGAGACCUUGCUGAACACAAACGUGUAUUUUAUUGCUGUAAAAUCUAACAGUAUUAUGACAGUCACAGUUAAAAUGACAUGCAGACUAAAAAAAUAACAAUAUCUACAUUUCUAACACUUUUUAGAUUUUCUACAUAAUAAAAUAUAGCUAAAUAUUGGAUGUUAAAUGACAGCCCUGUUUCCCCUGAAUAAAAUGCUAUAUAAUAACUGUGGGUGCACAAAAUAUGAAAGAGGUGAAUUAUGGUUUAACAGCCACAUUAGUCAAAUUCCAUGUUUUGCUGUUUCGGUGCCCAGAGUUCCUCCUUAAUAAUAAAAUGUACAUUAUUCCUUUUUCUACCUGGCAGUUACGUAGUGUUGGCAGAGAUAUCACACAGUGUACGGGGUGUACGGACCCAACUAAGCAAUGGGCUUUAUCUGCUAAACAGCCGAAACAGACACGUUGUAUACACUAUGAAUUACAAACAAUUCGCUGUUUACUGAAUAAUUCAGACAAUUUAUUCACUAAUUCAGCGGCUAAUUGCAAAUUUUAGGCUAAAAUGAAUUGAACUGGAAAGAUUCCCCAAAACAGCUGCAAUCCCCCCCAAAAUGUGCACGUGGACUUGCUGUUUAUAUGAUCUGGACAGCUUUUACAGCUCUGAAAGGUGCAUUUUAAGCACAAUAUUAAAUGUCUCCAAAUCCCCCGCAAUUGAUCCUCUCCUAACUUCCAGCCUGCCAAGAAUUCAGCCAUUAUACAACUACAACUCCCACGAUACAUUGCAAGGCUGGCAAACCGGCAGGGAAACUGAAUUCCUCUAUUAGCUGGAGAUAGACAAUAUAAAUCGCAAUGCAAUACAAGUAUUACGAUGUUACACACUGAGCGUAUGCCAAUGUCAUGUGGGUGAUUGUAGAAUUCAUUGGACGUCAUCUGACGGACUGAGGAUUGGUUUCCUUUCAAUAAUUAUUUAUUUUAUUUAUAAAAUAUUUUACCAGGAUGGAUCCAUUGAGAUUGCUCUCGUUUUCCAGUAUGUCCUGGGUAAUAAUACGCUGGAUACAAUGCUUUAAACGGGUGAUUAUCUAUCAGCUGUGCUUCAAUAAAUACCGCCUCGAUUCGGUCUGUGUUAAUCCUGAAAUGUCACUGGAGCAAAACAUAUAGAUAACAGUAAUGAAAGGGUUAAAGCUUGUGUUAAUUGCCAAUGUUCAUUAUUGAGUCAGGGGGCUGACACCGAGGUGACCCCUUCCAAUAGCCGUGGUGUGGAAAGGGUUAAUCAGAUGGGCUUUUUUUCUCUCUCUCUGUAUGGGAACGAGAAGGUGCUCAGGGUGUUACCAUGGAAACAUGUGAGUCUGUCGGAGACUUAGCCGGGGAACAGGGAUUGGCCAGAGCCGAAGGAAUUCUGGGAAAAAGCACUGACAGGCGACUGCGAGUUCACGGCCGCAGGGUAAGGAGGGGGGGAAUGAAUAAGAAGGAGGACAAUAAAGGGGUGAGCUAAAUCGUGGAGGAGAUGAAGGGGUCGAUACACAAUUAUUCAACUGGAAAAAUUAGGUUUUGGUUAAUCUUUAAGAAUAAAUAUGGUGUUCUGUGGAGUAACAGGAUGCAGGAAUAAGGAGGGGAUGAAAUCACAAGAUGGGCAGAUAAUCUCGAAAUCAUGAAUCCUUAUAACAUUCUAUUAAAUAAAAAAUAAAAAAUAAAUUGUAAUUACCGGCCAUGUAGAUUGAAUAGCUAAUAAUGUGAAUAAAUUGGCUCAGGAUUGCAAGGAAAUGAAAGCAGGUUCUCAGAGGGACGGCUAAAUAUUAGGAUUAACGAGGAAGAGAACUGACAGUGUAUUCAGGAUUCACAUGGUGCGCACUGGACGGCUACACACAAGAAGUAAUGCUAUUUAGGUCAUUAAGGAUGGAAUAAUUCUGACAUUUAGUGAACGCGUCACCAGGGUCUGUAAACAGUCUGUAUCCGAUGCUUGAGAUAAGUAAUUCAACCUUUAAUCAUAUUUUGUGUCAAUCUGUUAUUAUAUUAUAAAAUAUAUAUUUGCAGGAUAUUGGCAUUAAUUUUACUCCAUUUCAUCUUCAGACUGAGUGCUUGUCAUAUUCUUUGAUCUCAAUUUUAUUAUGUCUUUUCUUUCCAGGUCAUUCAAUCAGAGACAGGUUCUCUACCUUCUUGAGAACUAGUAUUUUUCGGGUGUGAGGAUGUAUCCAGCUUUUCCGUGGACCAAGCUGUGUUUCCUUCUGAUACUUCUACAAUCAGUCUUCUUCAACAGCGAUGGAUUCUGCCCUCCUCAAUGUGUCUGUGAGACAAGACCUUGGUUUACACCACUAUCUGUCUACCAUGAAGCCAAAACAGUGGACUGCAAUGACCUCCUGCUCACCCAUAUCCCGGAGAACCUUUCCAUUGACACUCAGGUUCUACUGCUUCAAAGUAACAAGAUCUCACGUUUGGGAUGUGAGCUCCAGGAAUUAACUAAUCUGACCGAACUGGAUUUGUCUCAGAAUCACUUUCAAAGCAUUGAGGAUCUAAGUGUGUCAAAUCUUUCCCAUCUGAUCACACUUUAUCUGGAGGAGAAUCAACUGACGGAGUUACCAGACUACUGUCUAAAAGAUCUGGAAAAUCUGGAAGAGUUGUACAUUAACCACAAUCAGAUCAAUUUCAUUGGUCCCCGUGCCUUCUCCGGUUUAGGAAAGCUUUUGAGACUCCAUCUAAAUGCCAAUCGUCUAAGUAUCAUUGAUCCAAGAUGGUUUGAAGACCUACCAAACCUAGAAAUAUUGAUGAUUGGAGAGAACCCUGUAAGUAGUCUUCAGAACUUGAACUUUCAACCGUUAGGUAGUUUACACAGUCUUGUUUUGGCUGGGAUGGAGUUGGAAUAUAUUCCAGAAAAUGCCUUUUUUGGAUUAGACUAUCUAGAGAGCCUCUCAUUUUUUGAUAAUCGACUGACGGAAGUUCCCAAGGAAGCACUAAAAAAACUGAACGUAUUGAAGUUCUUGGACCUUAACAAAAACCCAAUUCAUAAAAUAAAGAAUGGUGAUUUUAAAGACAUUCUUCACCUUGAAGAACUCAGCCUUAAUUCAAUGGAAGAAUUAGAACGUGUUGAGUCUGGUGCCUUUCAGAACCUGCCCGAGCUGAUUAAACUGGAGAUUUACAACAACCCCAGAUUAACCUACUUGGAUCCUGAUGCAUUUGUUUCUAAUGUGGGUUCAUUGAAAACUUUACUUCUCAAUAAUAACAGACUACCCAUAGUGCCCCAAAAAGUGUUCAAGUCACUGCCAGGGCUAACCGAGGUCAGCUUAUACAGCAACCCUCUUCGCUGUGACUGCCAAAACAACUGGAAGGGUCUUUCCUCCCUAAGACUGAUUGAGUCCCAGGCCACACUAUGCACUAGUCCACCACUGGUAAGUGGACAUCUUUUCCAAGAAAUCCAGGGCCAAGCAUGGUUGAGCAGAUGUCCACCUUUAAUAGACACACACUCUUUUCCUCAUGAGCUUCAUCUUUCCAAACACCAACAGGUGACUCUCACUUGCCAUGCCAGUGGCAACCCAAAACCUGAGAUCUACUGGGUAACCCCUCAUGGAGAAAGACUAUCAGGGACAACUGGAAGAGUCAGAAUGCAUCCGGAGGGUUCGCUACAAAUCAUGGAUGCUCUAGAAGAAGACUCUGGGUCCUACAUGUGCCAAAUAUGGAACUCUGAUGGAACGGACAGUAAAAGUGUGGUUAUCUACAUCAAUGGCACUCAAGAGAAAAAGAUGGGAUCACUUGCAAUGGUUACCAAACAAGUGCAUUCAAGCUUUGUGGUUGUGGAGUGGAAAAUUUUGGGUGGGUCGGGAUCUGCACCAAGAGUUUUAGCCCCUGUCCAGUGGUCUUCAGCGACUAUGAGAAUACAUAACCCUCACAUCAGUUACACAGCCAAGGUUCCUCUGGAGAUACAAGAAUAUAACCUAACACACCUUCAACCGGCCACAAAGUAUGAGGUGUGCCUCACAGUGUCUUCUCUAUCCAGACCAAGUGAACAGUCGUGCCUCAACGUUACAACUAAGGAACCUUCAUUCACUGUAGCAGUGGCUGGUAGGCCAGUAAGUAUCGCCCUCUCUGCUGCCCUUAUUGCUGGUUUAUGCAUGGCUGCCAUUAUUAUUUACGCCGGUUAUCACCUCAGACACAAAAGCUGUGGACACUCCUUGAAGAAGUACAUGCAGAGAGCCUCUUUCAUUCCGCUCAAUGAGUUCUAUCCUCCACUCAUCAGCCUGUGGGAAGCAGAAAGUGAGAAGGAUAAAGAGAGUAGCUUGGAACAGCCAACUUUGCCACCCCCAUUGGAAGUGAAGACAUUGCCCCCAGCGGGACAGAUUGACACCUCAAAGACAUACAUGUGGCAGCCGUGAACCUCAACGGAACUGAGCACUCGACCGUAGCAACGUAAUAAACCUCCAUGUGUAGGCACUCUGUGGAUGUCUUAGAAUUGGUUGUAAAAACAGCAAAAAGGAGGUGAUUUUAGCACAAUCUGUCAGUCGCAGAGGGUGUUGAGGUGCUGGGACCGCGCACGUAGUCAGACACCUGUCAUUCAACUGAUAUUAGAAAGGUUAAAGAGACUUUUCUUUGACUUCAAUACCAGCCUCAGAAAACACAAACUCUUCCUGUGUGUUUUUUUAAAAACUUUAGAUGAUUAUCUGGGAACACUGCUCGGAACUGAGAGAGAGAUUCUGUGCAGGGCCUGCAUGGAACUGGAUGGUGAUUAGUUUGUGGUAAAUGCCAAAACAGUCAGGUGACCAUCAGUUUACACAAACAUGUCAUCUCUAUGACCAAACUGCACUAACAUGAAACAUGUCCCACGCACACAGACACACAUAACUUUCAGCAAACAAAACUGUACAAUUAACAUGGCUGUAACAUGUUACAGAAACACACAUCAUUGCCACUAACGUCAUAAAAGCCUACAGCAUAUCCUCUAACAUAUAAUUUGUGGCAGAAACAAGCAGUAUCUUCUCUAACAUGUAACACACAUUGUUUCUAAUAACAUGUUACAGAAAGAAACAAUCUCUACUAACAUGCAUCAUGUCAUAAACACACACACCAUCUCUACUGACACAUAACGUCACACACCAUCUCUACUGACACAUAACGUCAUAAAAGUACACACCAUCUCUACUGACACGUAACAUGUCAUAAACACACACACCAUCUCUACUGACAAGUAACAUGUCAUAAAGGAAAACACCAUCUCUACUGACACAUAACAUGUCAUAAAAGUACACACCAUCUCUACUGACACGUAACACGUCAUAAAAGUACACACCAUCUCUACUGACACAUAACAUGUCAUAAAAGUACACACCAUCUCUACUGACACGUAACAUGUCAUAAACACACACACCAUCUCUACUGACACGUAACAUGUCAUAAACACACACACCAUCUCUACUGACACGUAACACAUCAUAAAAAUACACACCAUAUCUACUGACACGUAACAUGUCAUAAAGGAACACACCAUCUCUACUGACACAUAACAUGUCAUAAAAGUACACACCAUCUUUACUGACACGUAACAUGUCUUAAAGGAAGACACCAUCUCUACUAACAUGUCAUAGAAACACACACCACCUCUACUAACAUGUCAUAGAAACACACACCACCUCUACUAACAUGUAACAUGUCAUAAAAAUAUACAUAAACUCCACUAACUUGUAAUAAGAACACACAUCAACUCCACUAAAAUGUAAGAAAUAAAAACAUACUUGUCACUAAAAGCAUAUUAUAAAAACACAAAUGUAUAAAAUGUUAGUAUGGCAGAAUAACAAAUACUCUCCACUAACAUGUAACAAUAAGCACACCUAUCCUCUCUAGCAACAUGUAACAUGUCUUAACUCCAGACAUCAUCUCUGCUAACAUGUAUUAUGUUACGCAAAACACACACCAACUCCACUAACAUGUAACAUGUCACAAAAACAUUCACCAUCUCCACUAACAUGUAUCAUGUCACGCAAAACACACACCAACUCCACUAACAUGUAACAUGUCACAAAAACAUUCACCAUCUCCACUAACAUGUAUCAUGUCACGCAAAACACACACCAACUCCACUAACAUGUAACAUGUUACAAAAACAUUCACCAUCUCCACUAACAUGUAACAUGUUACAAAAACAUUCACCAUCUCCACUAACAUGUAACAUGUCACAAAAACAUUCACCAUCUCCACUAACAUGUAACAUGUCACAAAAACAUUCACCAUCUCCACUAACAUGUAUCAUGUUACGCAAAACAUUCACCAUCUCCACUAACAUGUAUUAUGUCACAAAAACAUUCACCAUCUCCACUAACAUGUCACAAAAACAUUCACCAUCUCCACUAACAUGUAACAUGUCACAAAAACAUUCACCAUAUCCACUAACAUAUAACAUGUCACAAAAACAUUCACCAUCUCCACUAACAUGUAACAUGUCACAAAAUCAUUCACCAUCUGCACUAACAUGUAUCAUAAACACAUACCACCUACACUAACAUGUAACAAACACAUCACCUACAUUAACAUAAAAAAUUCACACGAAAAAUACACAUCACCUCCAAUCCAUUAGCAUGAAACAAACCACAUACACACAAAUAAAGAAAUACUCUCCACUGACAUGUAACAUCACACGUUUUAAUGAAGUGAUCUGAAUUCUUGAGAUCAGAUUUGGUUAAAGGACCAAUGUGCUGAGACAGUGAGUUUGUAGGGGGCAAGGGGGAUGUAUAUUGAAGGGAAUAAAGAAAUGUUGUUGUGUAAUUGUGUAUGUAAAAGGAUGGGAUGAUGUCACAAAACGUGGAACUCAUAAACCAGACAUUUAGGUUGAUCUAUAAACUGACAUAUUGUCGUCAUUAUAAACUGGCGUCGUAUGGGACCCACUGAUAGAGAGAGUCUCAUGUUGUGGCAACUUCACAUUCAUCGCUUCUGGAGACAAAUAAAUACAUUAUUAUAA